AGCACUGUCAUCGCGAAGAAAAUAACCCGCUGGCUGGAGGAAGAAAACCUCUGUGUGCGACCAUCUUUUUUGACAUCCGCAACUAUCGGACGAGAAAAAAGUUCCGACCGACCGCCCGUUUCCAAUCGAAUUUGUGAUUUUCGACUCCAAAUCAUCCCACAGGAGGCCGCAGAAUGUUCAAGUCCGUUGUACCCGUUCUGGCCCAGGUGCCGACUGAGGUUUGCCUUGGCCAGCAGAACCGUGGAAUGGCCACGCUAAAGGCCAUCUCGAUUCGUCUGAAGUCGGUCAAGAACAUCCAGAAGAUCACCCAGUCCAUGAAGAUGGUGUCCGCUGCCAAGUAUGCCCGUGCGGAACGUGAUCUGAAGCAGGCCAGACCGUACGGAGUCGGUGCUCAGCAGUUCUACGAGAAGGCGGAAGUGGCCGCCAAGGAGGAGGAACCGAAGAAGCUCUACAUCGCCAUCACCUCCGACAGAGGUCUGUGCGGAGCUGUCCACACCGGUGUGGCUCGUUACAUCCGUGGCGAUUUGGCUGCCGAUCCCAAUAUCAAGGUCAUCUGCGUUGGCGACAAGUCGCGUGCCAUCCUGCAGCGUCUGUAUGGCAAGAACAUCGAAAUGGUGUGCAAUGAGGUUGGCCGUCUGCCACCAACCUUCCUGGAUGCUGCCAAGCUGACCAACGCCAUCCUGAACCUGGGAUAUGAGUACACCGAUGGCAAGAUCAUCUACAACAAGUUCAAGUCGGUCGUGUCGUACGCCGUUGCCGACAUGCCCAUCUUCAGCUUGAAGUCCGUGGAGUCUGCUGAAAAACUGCCGGUCUACGAUUCUCUCGAUUCCGAUGUCAUCCAGAACUAUCUGGAGUUCUCGAUGGCCUCGCUGCUGUUCUUCGCCAUGAAGGAAGGCGCUUGCUCGGAGCAGUCUUCCCGUAUGACUGCUAUGGACAACGCCUCCAAGAACGCCGGUGAGAUGAUUGACAAGCUGACCCUGACCUUCAACAGAACCAGACAGGCUGUCAUCACUCGUGAGCUGAUUGAAAUUAUCUCUGGUGCUUCAGCCCUGGAGAGCAAGGAUUAAGCAGGUGCGCUUCUGUGAAUGCGAUCGAACGAAGAACAACACUGGUCCUGCCGUAUCCAUUCACCACUCAUUUCCAACACUAAACGACAGCAGAGCGGCCAUUGGAAAGCGGGAAAUUGUAUUUCGAUACCAUUAAGCUGUGAAAACCUACAGUGAAUCAACAUCUUCGUGAUUGGGUAAAAUAGUACACGGAAUAUUCGAUAAAAUA